ACAAGCGAGUCAGUCUCCAUUAGUAGAGAGGAGCAGCCACAAAGCAGCGUCUUUAUCCUUUCAUUAUCCCACAUGAAACACUAGGAGCAACGAGGUCUUCAUACUCCUCUGUCUGCAGGCUCCGGGGCUCCUUGUUAUGAAAACAGACGGCUAACGGCAGGUUAGCUAGCGUUACCAUUAGCAGCGAGACUCCUCCGCCUGACAGUCGACAGCAGGGCAGAGUCGUCCGGAGAGGAGGAGAGGUUACUGGAUGUCUCACACACACACACACACACACACACACACACACACACACACACACACACACACACACACACACACACACACACACACACACACACACACACACACACACGCAUGCACGCGCGCACACACACAGACGCACACACACAGCGCAAACUCCCAUUAGCCAGCCAGCUAACGUCAGGCUGCUCCCUAUAAACUAAGUUUGUUACCAGCAAGAAGCAAAAAGGAGGAUUUUACGGGGCUGUUGUUCGCCACACAGGUGGAGGCCACCAGACAAGAGCUGUGGCAAAUCGCUGGCUGUGUGAUCCCCGAGGAGCAUGAGUCAUGACCUCAGUGGUGCUGGUCGACACUGGUGGGACAGUGGUGGAGUAUGUCACAGCGGAAGAGGACCCCCAGCAGCAGGAGGGAGAGUAUGAGGUGGAUCUGGAGCUGGAAGGAGAGGUGGAAGGCGAGUGUGAAGCCGAGGAGGCCUAUGAGGAGGUACAUGACAGAGAGCAGGCUGAGGACUACCCAGCAGUCAUAGUGGAGGAGGUACCUGGUGCGAGCCUGAUCGAGGAGCAAAGUUACUCAGCCCAGGUGUUGGUGUACGAUGACGAGGCGUACCUGAUGCAGGAAGUGGGUGAUGAGCAGGAGGUGGAGACAGAAGGGGAUGUAGUGGAGGCUUCUGUCCAUGGCACUAGUGUCCACUGCUCUGACAAGACCAUUGAGGCAGCAGAGGCUUUGCUACGCAUGGAUUCACCGUCCAGCCUCAGAGAGGACCGUAGUCCAGAAGCUUUUAUCCCACCAUGCGUAGCAACGCCAGACUUCCUUCACGCUGCCAUGCGUCCUGACAUGAUUGCAGAGACAGAGGUGGAGAUAUCGACAGAGGACUGCUGCGAAGAGGAAGAUGAGGAGAUGGUCACUCUGCUGGAGGAUCCAGAACCAGAACCUGACCACGGGCCUGUCAGGAAGAGGAAAGCUGGACGGAAGCCAAAGACACAUCAGUCAGCUCUUUCCAACGGCUCACCAGACCUUGGCAUCAAGAAGAAACCAAGAGAAGGAAAAGCAGGGAGCACCACCUACCUAUGGGAGUUCUUGCUGGACCUCCUCCAGGACAAGAACACCUGUCCCAGGUACAUCAAGUGGACACAGAGGGAGAAGGGCAUCUUCAAACUGGUUGACUCAAAGGCCGUGUCCAAGCUUUGGGGCAAACACAAGAACAAGCCAGACAUGAACUAUGAGACCAUGGGACGGGCACUCAGAUAUUACUACCAGCGUGGCAUCCUUGCCAAAGUAGAAGGCCAGCGGCUGGUUUAUCAGUUCAAAGAGAUGCCCAAAAACAUCGUCAUCAUCGACGAUGACAAGGCGGACAUGACUGCCGCCGACGAUCUGAUCGGCUCGGACACUGCUGCAUCCUAUGAGCGUGUGCCGCCGCCGCCAGACAUGCUGCUCCAGGUGACCGAGCUCUCGUCCCCCAAGAAGCCCAACAUCCUGCGGAGCGGGAACAGAACCAACAUUGUCCAAGCUCCUGUAGCUACUGGGAGCAAGAUGGUGGCAGCAGGGGUUCCACGGAUAGUGGCGGUUUCUGGAGCGCCAGAUGAGAGUCAGACCCAGCAGUCUCACACAGCCAUCAUCCCUACUGCCACUGGGCCCAGGACAGUGCGGGUGGCUAUGCAGGUACCCGUAGUCAUGACAACAUCACUGGGUCAGAAGAUUUCUACAGUUGCUGUGCAGCAGCCGGCAGGAACAACGGGCGCAGCCGGCCACACCACCCUCCUCACCAACACUCCUACUAUCGGUGCGGCUGCCGGUAACACCAACUCACAACAGAAGGUUGUGAUCCAGACCAUCCCCACAAUGGUCCCAGCCACAGCGGAGAACGGAGACAAGAUCACCGUCCAGCUGGCCAAGAUCAUCACAAUCCCAGCCCACCAGUUAGCUCAGUGUCAGCUCCAGACCUCCACAGGCACAAACAAACCAGGCGUGGGAGCCUCCGCAGGGGGCAUCAGCCUCCUCGGGAGCCCCCUGACCGUCCGGGCCCUAACUCCUGUUAGCGUUGCCCCAGGAACACAAGUGAUGAGACUCACCGUCCCAACGCAGGCGCAGCAACAAACUCUGAUGGUGUCGCAGCCGGGAAGCAUCGGCAGCGGGGCGGGGGUGGUCACAGUAUCAACAGCCAAUCAGACGUUGACAGCACAGCCUCGCAUCAUCAGUGGCGUCAUUAAUGGCUCAGAGCUGGUGAUAGGAGCGCCAGCAACCACAGGAGUUGCAGUGGAGAAGCUGAAGGCAAUGGGAGUCCAGGUCCAGGCGGUGCAGAUGCCGAUGGCAGUCCAACAGAACCAGGUGAACCCCAAAACUGUCCAAAAUGUCCAAUCAGAGGACGCUGAGGUGGUAAUCAAACUGGAAACGCCUGAUGUGACGAUAAAGACAGAAGAGCCCGAGUGUUGAAUUGCACACAUUUACCAGUACCCAUCUUCUCCCUCUCCGCCAGAGACAGUUAGUUUGUAAAUGUCCGCAGUCAUUUUUACUCUUGUAAUAACCAGCAGCAGUCUAUGAGACUUUAAAGACUCAUGAAGGCCUGUUUUUAGUCCUCAACCUGUCUUCACAUCUUCCCUGUUGCUGCCUAGGACUCGAACAGAACUAAGCCGGUCUCCUUCACAACCACACAGAAACCUCUGACUGUUGUGUUCAGAGCACAAACUGCACCCUGCAACAUAGGAAUACACACAGACUUCAAAGGGAGUUGUUGGGAAAGGCAAAGGGACCAACCUUGAUCACUACAAUGUAUGCCUCCUAAAUGCAUCUGACUCAAAUUGGGGAAAAACCUUGAAUAUAUAUAUAUAUAUAUAUAUAUAUAUAUAUAUAUAUAUAUAUAUAUAUAUAUAUAUAUAUAUAUAUAUAUAUAAAAAACUGAAACACUACAAAAGGAGGCAAAUAAUUACAACCAACCAAAAUGUGAACUGUCAAAUAGAAGAAAAAUAAACAAGGGGAGGGGGGAUAAUGAAGCUUCUUUUGUAGAUGGCAUUUGUUUCCAAUUUUGCCUCUAUGGAUGUUAAAACCAGCAACUUAUUUUUUUUACUUAUAUCACUGUGCAGAUCAAGUGUGGGUGGUGCUACAUGAUAGAGAGCGAGAGAGAGAGAGAGAGUGGAGCUGACAGAAGCUCUAACAAGGAACGAUAUCAGACAGACAAUGGUUGUGUAUGUACAUAUUUAUAUAUAUCUCUACUAUACAGUUUACGGAGCUAAAGUUAACAGAACAGCCUUAGAUUUUAAUUUUAAUUUUCUUUUUCAUAUAUUGUCUGAACAGUAAGCUGAAAUUUGUUUUUGUGUUUUGAUACCUUGUACCAAGCACAGUAUUAUUGAAACUAGGGCAUCUAAUAUUUGUUUUAUCAUUAGUUCCUCUGUUUAUCAGGCUGUUAAUGCUCAUAUAGGGAAACAGUAACAUGUUGUUGGUCAGUGACCGGAUUGCUUGCAGUGUGUCUUCCAGCUUCUAGAAAAAAUCUCUAGGUUUGACUUUCACAUUUAUUUGACAAAAGGAUCUCGGCUGUAUCUCAAUUCUUGUAUUUUUUUGUUUGCUCUCCUUUUCACAACCAUACAGUCUGGCUGCAUGGAAAUGCAAAGAAUGUGAUUCAGGGCCAGUGCAUGCCGCCAUGUCUCAGAAAAAAAGAAUCCAGAGAUCACCAAUGUAAUUGAGCAGUUAUUAUAAUUUUUAAAAGAGAAGCAAUGAAAAUCGCAAGUUUAUGCAAAAUACCUGUGAAUAAUAUUCAACCACUGUGGAUCCCAGGUCACUUUACUUCACCCUUAAAACAGUUUGCCAGAAUAGUCUGUGCCAUUUUGGCCCUACAUUUCUUUCUUUUUUUUUAAUCUAAAAAGAGGGACAAUAGAGAGAAAAAUGUUUGUGUUCAGACUGAACUGUUUGUAUAUUCAACAUUUGAAGUAUAUUCUAUUUUGUUGUACUCUUGUUUCAAAGUGUAUUCAAGUAGAUUUUACUGAAAUAUAAAAAGACAUUUGAAACCCGACAGCGGCCGUUUUCAUCAUGGUUUUUAAGUUUCAUGCUGAAGCUGAUGUGACUGUUUAAGAUUUACUGCUUUGGAUUUCAUUUAAUUUGGCUUGUUUGUAAAUGUAAUUUUGUUACUUUUUUCUCAUACAGAGUUUAUUUUUUACAAACCUGUACAUGUCAGCAAUCACUCGAGAUAAAAUGGUUACGGUG